GUGUGCUAACGGCUACAUUAGCUGUGAAACUUUUUUUUAUUACCGUAAUUAUGUAUUAUGUAAUUCUUAAAACUUUUAUAUUAUAAACCACUAAAUAAAUAAAUAUGCAUACAUUUAUUUUUUUCAAAUGCGCCAAUCACAGUGGUCUGCAUACAUCUGACUCCUCCUGUUGGAACUCACUUCGCAGAGCUCAACAAGCAGAGACACUUGGCUGAAGUUCACAUUGAUGCUCUUUUGAUUGCGCAAGCCAGGCUCGCUAGUUUAUUUGGAAGUGUACGUAAUGUCGGCAGGCACCAGAUCUGGGAAAGUUUUAAGAAAGAACACAACAGCAGCGAAGGACGACAAAAUGCUCCCCUCCGCCUCCGCUCAAACAUGUGACAUCAACUUUGACAGUGGUGAUGACUCCACAGAUACCCCCCAUGUCUCUGAACCGAAGAAAGGUGACCGGUCACCAACGGUGAAGAAUCUCCUCCAAAAGGCCAAGAUGAGAGAGCGGUCUCAAGAUAAGAAACUCCAGAAAGUGAUAAAGGAGAGGGAUGCUCUUCGCAAACAACUGGCAUACCUGUCUAAAGCUCCCAGAGAAGAACAAUCUUCAGAGGAAGACACUGCCUCCUGCUCAUCAUUGUCUUCAAUGAGCCGGUCCUCCUCCUGUUCUUCCUCCUCCUCCUCAGAUGAGAAGAUGAAACGAAAGGGCAAGGGAAAACUCAGACUUUCAAAGACAAAGAACAAAAUAAAGAAGGCCAGGAAGCACCACAAAGUGACUGAUGUCCGCAAAAGAGCCCGUGGCCCUUUUGAAGUGAUAAGAAGAUACAAGAAGGUCCUGAAAGCAUACAAUCGGGGCUUGAAAUUGUCGGCUUCCUGUGCAUACGCAGGGGUGAACGAACUCACAGUCAGGUCCACGGCAAGCAUUGCAGAGCUGGCAACAGCGUCACCUGCCGAGUUCACAAAGCUCCUCGAUAAAACCAAACAGGGAAAGCUGAAAGAUGUAGCAAAUUUAUGCGAAAACUACAUUAAAGGUGAUGCUCAGGUUCAGACAAAAAUAGAUGACUUAAAAAGUCAAUGCAAAUUAAUCCCGUAUGCAAAGAGAGCAUAAUUAU